CAUAAAUUUAGAAAUAGAAAGUCAAAAUAAGGGGCAUAGUCUCAGCAGCCUAAAGCCCUUUUGCAGCCAUUCUUAAGGAUCAAAAGAGCAAAAACCAAAGAACUCUUCGCUUUAGCGGUUACAAAGUCCUUUAAAAAACCUACACCGCUUACAUCUUAUGUAUCUAUCUUGCCAGACUCAAAUUCAGUUUGUGUUUACUUUUCUUGUGAUGUUUGAGAAGAUUAGAGAUCGGUUGUGAAAUUCAAGGUUUAGGAGGCCGAAUUACUAAAUGGGUAAUUUAUGCAGCAAUUCCGGUUCCAAGCUUGCAAAUGGGCAAUCAUCAAAUGGUGCGGGAAAGGGACGAGGUGAUCAAGGGUCAAUUAGAUAUGGGUACACUCUAGUUAAAGGGAAGGCUAAUCAUCCAAUGGAAGAUUUCCAUGUUGCCAAAUUUGUCCCUUAUCAAGGGCGUGAACUUGGACUUUUUGCUAUUUACGACGGGCAUCUUGGGGAUAGUGUCCCCUCGUAUCUUCAAAAGCAUUUAUUCUCCAAUAUCUUGAAGGAGGGUGAGUUUUGGACUGAUCCAAACAGGUCAAUUUCAAAAGCCUAUGAAAGAACUGACCAAGCCAUUCUUUCCCACAAUCCUGACCUUGGAAGAGGUGGGUCCACUGCAGUCACUGCAAUUCUCAUCAAUGGUCGUAAGUUAUGGGUAGCAAAUGUCGGUGAUUCUCGGGCAGUUCUUUCCAACAAAGGGCAGGCAAUUCAAAUGAGCAUUGAUCAUGAGCCCAAUACUGAGAGGGGCAGUAUUGAAAAUAGAGGAGGUUUCGUCUCAAACAUGCCAGGAGAUGUAGCAAGAGUGAAUGGACAGCUGGCGGUUUCUCGUGCUUUUGGAGACAAGAAUCUCAAAAAUCAUUUGCGCUCUGAUCCCGACAUAACAAAUGCAGAUAUUGAUGCAGAUAACGAGAUUCUCAUUCUUGCAAGUGAUGGUCUAUGGAAGGUUAUGAGCAACCAAGAGGCAGUGGAUGUAGCGAUAAAGAUCCGGGACCCACAAAAGGCAGCAAAGCAACUAGCUGUUGAAGCACUGAAUCGAGAAAGUAAAGAUGAUAUAUCCUGCAUUGUUGUUCGGUUUAAGUGAUGAAAGAAACUCUAUAUAAAGAAUCUGCAUGGAUUUAGGAAUGAGUAUGUGCAGUAUAAGAUAAGAAGAUGUAAAUUAUUGAGGGUUUAUGGUUUGCAGGAUUUGCAAAGGAAAAAUUUACAUAGUUCAUUGCCAUCGUAAGUAGGUU